AUCGCUCUACUUCCUCAGAGUCCCGCUAAGAUGAGCCCACCGGCAAUAGCAAGCUUGCUGUUCCUCGUGACCUUGGCGACGACGGAGGGCCUCGUGGGAAACGAAACCGUGCUCGCGGGCUUCCCGGGCCUGGGCCAUCGCUUCCGGAACUGCCACGAGGUGCAGCAGGCCAUCGCCGGCAGCGCCGACGGCGUGUACGUGAUCUUCCCGUACGACUGCUGCCCCGAGCGGCCCGUGCGCGUGUGGUGCGACAUGACGACCGACGGCGGCGGCUGGACGCUCAUCCAGCGGCGCGACGACUACGCUGAGCAGGAGGACUUCUUCCGGACGUGGACCGAGUACGUCCUCGGCUUCGGCAACGUGGCCAAGGACCACUGGCUCGGCCUCGACCACAUCCACGCGCUCACGAGCCAGAGCCUGAACCAGAUCCGCUUCGACCUGGCCGACUUCGAGGGCGAAUCCCGCUGGGCCAAGUACAACUUCUUCUACGUGCACGACAGCAGCAACUCCUACAAGCUCGAGGUGAACUCCUACAGCGGCGAUGCCGAAGACUCCUUCACUACCCACGGCGGGAAUAGGUUUUCCACCAAGGAUCGCGACCAGGACCUGGCGGAUUCAAACUGCGCAGAAUCGUACAAGGGCGCUUGGUGGUACACGAAAUGUCACGCGACGAAUCUCAACGGCUUGUACUACAGGGGACACCACGAGUCGUAUGCAGAUGGAAUUAACUGGUAUGAUUGGCACGGACACCAUUACUCCUUGAAGACAGUGACUAUGAAGAUCAAACCAAAGUUCUAGAAGGUGGUCGAACUAAAUGUUCUACAUCUUCAGAUUGUUAAAUAUCAUAGAAAUGUUCACGUUCGGGAAAAAAAGAAAGAAAAAAAAUGGAGAGGGAGAAAACUGAAGAUUUUUUUUCUUUUUUUGCGUGGUUCAUGUAAAUGUUAAACUCUCAUAUUGCUCUCUUUUUCCAUUUGAAUAAAUUUUCAUUCACUUUACAGAAAAAUAAAAUGUAGUAAAAAGCCAAGAACCUACAGAUUAGUGCUAGUGUUUGUUUAAUAAAUUUAGAAGAGUUGGUAACAUUUUUAUUAGAAAUUUGAAGUUUCUAACGAACAGUUGUUGUCAAGAUCCUACAGAAUCAUAUUAAAAAGGUGCUUGAAUUAUUUUAUUGCACAGGUUUGAUUAAAGACACUAAGCCCUUUACGCAAAUUGCUAAAGCAUAAAGAAAGAAAGAAAAAAAAAUCUGGGACCUAAAAAAAAGUUGCAGUGGAAGUAAUAAUUAUGGCUUAUGAGCGAUAAAUAUUUAUUAAUGUCUCUCCUCCUCCUCUCUCCUUCUUUAUCCUCGCUUUCUCUUAUACACUCCUCCGUUCUCUUUAUUCCUACGUAACAGUCCUCCUCCAUUUUAUUUCUUUUAUAGAAAUUCAACAUCUAAAAACAUAAUUUUCCUGCAAUUGAAUAUAACAACACUAAUGAUAACAACAACAGAGAGAUAUCAUGUUUAUUCAACGCAACACAAUUUUGGAAAUUGACCUAAAAAAAAAAAAAA